AUGAUUCGAAUUAUCCACAGUUCUGCUCAUCUUUCAAGAAAAUAUGUUCUUCUCCUGGCAGGAAACUAUAAUCGGCAUCAUCUCCGCGUCGCCUCCUCCACCUCACUCGCAUCAUUUUUGAGUCGGAUUGAAGACAGUCUUCUUUUAAGUAUGUUUUAGACUAAAAUUUUCAUGAUUUCUUUUUUUCAGCAAGAAAAUUUCCUGUCAGACCACGGAACAAUAAAGAAAAUAGCAGCAAGCCACGUGAUCACCCUGUUUAUGGUCGUUUUAUUUGAUUUUGUCGUUUUUAUUUAAAUUAGAGGAUUUCAGACAGCAAAGGACAUCCGAGUGCGGGAUCCGGGGAGGAAGAGGAUGGAAAAGGGAACAAAAAUGAGGAAGAAGACAUGCGCAAAAAGCUAAUCGCUUUAAUGAAAAGAGCUUUGGCGAUUUCUCUAUUCACCUAUGGAGUUUUGAUCAUAUUGGGGUUAUUUGAUAUUGUCUUUUUCGAGUAGUUUUGAGUUUUUCAGGCCAGCGGCACCUGAGGAAGCCCAAGAAAGUCUUUCGUGGAGCGAUUUCGUCGCUGAGCUUUUACCAAGCGGCCAGGUUUUUGAGAAGGAAAAUUUUUAUACUUUUCUCUUUUUUUAGGUGUAUCGAAUUAUUGUGUAUCCUGAAAGUGACGUAGCCGACGUUUUCCUGUAUGAUACUGGGAUGAAGAACAGUCAUGGGAAAAAGAGUAAAUCGAAUUUUGAGCCUUGAAAAAGACGAGUGGUGUUCUUGAAAAAAAUGACUUUUUUUGAGGCCUUUCCAGCUUUUUGAUAGAAAGGUUUUUUUAAAAAGGUAGAUAAGUUUCAAGAAGAAUGAUUACGAAAAAAAUUCUAGAAAGAAAGUUGAAAAAAAGGUACUCUAUUUAUUUAAAAAAAUCUUUCUGGGAUCUUUUUAGGACUUUAUUUUGAUUAUCUACACUUUAAAGACAUAAACAACUAUUUUCUUGUAUUUAAAAUGGCGUUAAGAAAACUUAAAAGUGGAAAUUUCAAAAUAUUCAGUUCGCGACAAGGUAUCGAAUGGGACUUCCCAGUGUUUCUCGUUUCGAAAUGGAAGUUCGAGCGGCUGAACAAGCCCUUGGCCUUCCUCCGGACCAGUGGACUCAGAUUCAGUACCGACGUGUUGGAAACACGUAAAUUUGUAUUUUCGAUCAUUGAAAAUAUUUAUUUUUGCAGAAGCCAGUGGAUUUUCAUCUUGGCACUACUUGGUAUCGUUGCCGGAUUGGCCUUCGCUUUCAAGAAAAUGAAGGGAUUCAACAUGACCGAUAUCAUGGUUUGAAUGGGGAAUAGUCGAUUCAGGACAACUUUUUGAGGAGUUCUGAGACCAUUUUAGUCUUAAAAUAAAUCAAUAAGCUGUUGAAAAAAAUUUAAAAUGAUUUUUUUCAGUCCAAUAUGACCAAGGGAAAGUACACUGUUAUUGAUCCCCACAGUCCAGAAGGAAAAAAGUUGCUGAAGGUCAAAUUCAAGGUUUGUACAGUAUUCAUUUCAUUGUCUUUUUCUAAAAAACGAAUUCUUCUUACCAGAGUGGUCCCUAUAGGGGCAACCUUAGGGGGCCACUUCAACAACCCCUAUAGGAGUCACUAAAGUUCGCGGUCUCUAUAGGGGACAUGCUUCAUAGGAAAAAUGAAUAAAUAAGCGUUUUUUAAUAAAAUUGAGACACCCCUAUAGGGUCGACUUGAGCUUUAGGGGCUAAGCCGUCAAACAAUAUACCCCUAUAGGGACCACCUUAGUUUUACCCCUUUAGGGACCGCUUUUUCGACCCCUGCAGGGAUUUUUUUCCCCACUAACCCCUAUAGGGGCUACUCUGGAUUUCCUAAUUUGUUUUUAUUUUCAAGAUUUGCGAUUUUCGGACUUCAAAUAUUUCUAAAUAAAUAAAUAAAAGUGGUCGUUAUGUACAGAAAUCCGAUUUUAGAAAAUAAAAGAAUAAGAAAAAAAGGACUUUUCAGGAUGUUGCCGGUCUCAACGAAGCGAAAGUUGAAAUCCGCGAAUUUGUCGACUAUCUCAAGAAUCCCACGCGAUUUACUGUUUGUUAAAAAAAUAAUAUAUAACGUGAAUUUCGCUUUCCAGAAACUGGGCGCGAAACUCCCGAAAGGAGCCCUGCUGACGGGUCCGCCCGGGUGCGGGAAAACCCUCCUAGCCAAGGCUCUGGCCGCGGAAUCCAUCGUUCCCUUCAUUUCCAUGAAUGGAUCGGAGUUCGUCGAAGUGAUUGGAGGCCUCGGCGCCUCCAGAAUCCGAGGCCUCUUCAAGGAGGCUCGUCAGAAGGCCCCUUGUAUCAUCUAUAUUGAUGAGAUCGACGCGAUCGGAAGGAAAAGGAGCGAGGGGAAUAAGUCUGGGGGUGAGGGAAUGCGGAAAUUUAAAUUUUAAAGCCCCUCUAGCGAUUUUUUUUUUCUCAACUAACUUGAGCAAAACGGGAUAGCACCCCGUAUAUGAACGCCUUCUAGGGACCCUUUACAGACUUUUAUAUCACUUUUUCCUUUUUUCAUAACCAAUAAUAAAAAGAGGUACGGAAAAUCAACAAAAAAAAUUUCGGGGACUCAAAAAAUAUCUUUUGAAGCUAGGAAAAGGAGCUCAUAAGACUUUAAUUAGGACUUUUUUGAACUUUUUGAGAACUUUCCCGAUUUCCUUAUACAGCCUUGUAGUUGAUCAUUCGAUGAAUUUUGUAUCGUUAUAUUAUAUUUUUUUCGAAACGAUUAGCUGAUUUUAGACGGAAUAGCGUACUGAAAAGCGCUUUUUACGGUGUAUUAUCAGUCUUUAUGCUACUUUGUGAACCAUAUUCUUACUUCUCUAACUGAAGUUCAAUGAUUUCCGAUGUUUUCGAGCAUUUUGAUACAUAUAUCCUUAUUUUUCCAGGUUGUUUUGAUUUUCCAGCUUCUUUUCUUGUCAAUUUGUUUUACUUUUCAGCUAAAUUUUAUGGAAAAAAAUUUUCAUUCGUUCAGUCAGCGGCUCUGGAGAGGAGGAGCAGACUUUGAAUCAGCUACUUGUUGAAAUGGACGGAAUGGGAUCCGAUAACGGCGUCAUCGUUUUGGCAAGCACGAAUCGUGGCGAUAUUCUGGAUAAGGUCUGUAUUUCUACUGUCUCACCUAUCUGCUUGGGUUCUAUUAAAAUUCACUCGCUUAGAACCAGAAAAUUCCUGCAAAAAUAGUGUAUCUUACAAAAAAGGUCAUUUUACCAUGCGGUUGGGAAUUCUCCGAAACUUGGGUAGAACACUUUUUGAUGUUCCAGGAGAAUAUUCUGAAAGUCCCAACCUGCGAAAAUUCCUAGUUUCCGAGAAAUGCCUCGAAAUGCCCCUUUUUUACAGAUUUUAUGGGUUCUUUCCGAAUAAAUAUAAAUUUUUUUCAGGCUGAAACUUUUAGGGACCAUUUUUUAGCAAAUCAAGGGGUGGUUUGGCCGAUUUUCAGAAGAUUAUUAACCCCAAGAUCUUUCCCUGUUAUGGUUCGAUUCCUUUUUCGAAAGACUUAUCAACGAAUACACCUUCCAAAAAGUGGUUCAGGCCCUCCUCCGUCCGGGACGUUUCGACCGUCACAUCACCAUCGAUUUGCCGACGCUUUCGGAAAGGAAAGACAUGUUCGAACUGUACCUGAAACGGGUGAAACUCGACCAUCCGGCCACCCGGCAUGCCUAUCGAUUGGCCCAGAUGACUCCGGGAUUUUCUGGUUCGAUUCAUUUUUUUUUCAAGUUUUUUGAACUGGAAAUACGUUGUUUUCCUGUGAAAUUCAUUUUUUCAAUAGAAAAUGCUCAAUUAUUUUCGUCUAUAAUUGAGUCUUUCAAUAGGAAAAAAACGGUGGCAACGGAAAGUUGUUAGUUUUUCUAAGCUCUCCUGUUUUGCAUCACUGUUUUCCCUGAUGGUUUCUUCAUAUAUUUCUUAACCUGUCAUUAGAUUGAUUUUUAAUUCUAGUUCCAAAAAUCGGAGAAAAUGUUUUUUUUUCUGCGUACUGGGAAAUUUUUAGUGGUGGCUCUAUAGAGGCUCGUCAAAGACUACUUGGAGAGGACACUAAAGAGGCCACUAAACCCGCCUCUAUAGUGGUCACUAUUUUCGUUUUAGCGGCCACUAUAGAGGUUCUCUACUUCGUGGUCACUUCAGUAGUUUUUCAUCCAGUAUUCCUUCCAGUAACUCGGAUAAUUUUAAAACAAACAGAUCUGACCAGUUAUGUUGAUCCAUUGACCCCUAGAGUGGCCACUAAGAUUUUUUUUGUGUUCCAGUAGUAGCACUAAGACCUCUAUAGUGGCCACUCAUUUUUUAACCGCUUAAGUGGCCACUAAAAGUUUUCCCAGUACAUUUUUAAUGCAGUUUCAAGAAACUCUAGUUAUUUUUUUCCGCUUUUUUGGUUAAUUAGAAAAUCAUUUUUUCAAGUUGCAAGGUGGUGGUGAUCAAUCGACCUCAUUAAAACCUAUUUUGAACAAAUUUUUUAUCAUUUCUCGAGUUUUUAGGGGCCGACAUAUCGAAUGUUGUGAACGAGGCGGCGAUCCACGCGGCUUCUCACAGCCAAAAACUUGUUUCCCUGAAAGAUUUGGAGUUCGCCUUGGAUAGGGUCAUCGCUGGUAGAGGAUUAUUUAUGAAAAUUUGAAAACAAGUUAUUUCUUCAAGGCGCUGAGAAAAGGUCCCGCUCAUUGGUAGAGGAGGAAAGGGAGAUCGUCGCCUAUCAUGAAGCCGGACACGCCCUUGUUGGCUGGAUGCUGGAGCAUACUGAUGCUCUUUUGAAGGUUUCAAGCGGGGAGGAAUAGUUGAAGACGUAGAUUUUGUUGAAGUCAGUAUUAUCAAGAAGUUCAGCUACAUAUUCUUAUCUCAAAAGUGUUUUGGACAAGCAGUUAGAACAGGAAAAGAGCAAUUGAAGUUUGCAUUGCUUACCUUUCAUAUAUCAUUGAUACUUUUCAGGUAAAGCAAUAGUUUGUGAUUCGAUUGAAAUCGGUAGCUUAAACAUAGAUGUUUAUAAGAACAGAAGUAAAAAAAAAUGAAAAUUCAAGGAAAAAUCGGAAAAAUAGAAAAAAAAUUUAAAAUAAUGAAGAUCUACGUUUCUCAAGUUACAUUUAUCUACAGAAACCUAGAAUUCGCUCAAUAAAUAUUUGGGGACUUCUGUGUAGUAUUUUUAUCUUAAGCCAGCUUCGAAUAAAGUACUUUUCAAAACUUAAACUCAUAAUUUUGAGGUCACCAUAAUCCCGAGAACUUCGGCUGCCCUCGGAUUCGCGCAGUACAACCCAAGAGACAAGAAACUCUAUUCCAGAGAGGAAGUAUUUAUUUUUUUCGCUUAUCGUCCUAAUAAUUUUCGAAUUUCCAGCUCUUCGACAGAAUGUGCAUGAUGCUUGGCGGUAGAGCCGCCGAAAGCCUCAAAUUUGGCAGAAUUACGACUGGAGCUCAUGACGAUUUACAGAAGGUUCAGUAUUAUAAAAACCAUAAUUUUAUCCUUUUUUCUUGUCUCCACUCGUCAUUUUUUGUUUUUUACAUCUCAGUAAGUUUUUCAAAGUUUAUUCAGCCCUUCUGGAGACAGAAAUAACUGUAGGGAUGUCUAAAAAUCUUCUUUUCUCACACUUUCUCCCUAAUCUUGAAAAGAAGUUUCAAAUAAUGUCUUUUCAAGACGUACUGGGAAGUUUUCAGUGGUCACUAUAUGGUUUCGGCGUUUUAGUGGUCACUAUAGUAGUCAAAUUAGUGGCCACUUUAGUGUCCUCUUCAAGUAGUCCUUGGCGAGCCUCAAUAGUGGCCGCUAAAAAUUUUCCCAGUAUUCUCUAUUCACCGCUAUCUUGAGACAAAAAGGACUGUAUGGACGUCUGAACCUUUCCUUUUCUCACACUGUUUUCCCAAUCUUGUAAAGACGUUUCAAAUAAUGUCUCUUGAGAGCUUAUAGUCCAUUCACCGCUAUUUUGAGACAAAAAGGACUGUAGGGACGUCUGAACCUCUUCUUUUCUCACACUGUUUCCUUAAUUUUUUGAAGACGAUCAAAAUUUUGCCUUCUCAAGGCUCAUAGUCCCUUCACCGCUCUAUUGAGACGAAAAUAACUGUAGAGACGUCUAAAUCUCUUCUUUUCUCACACUAUCUCAUCUUUUAAAUUUGUUUUUAAUAUCGUCUUUUCAAGGCUUAUAGUCCAUUCACUGCUAUCUUGAGACAAAAAGGACUGUAUGGACGUCUAAACCUCUUCUUUUCUCACACUGUUUUCUUAAUUUUUUGAAGACGAUCAAAAUUUUGCUUUCUCAAGGCUCGUAGUCCAUUCACCGCUAUCUUGAGACAAAAAGGACUGUAGGGACGUCUAAAUCUCUUAUUUUUGCGCACUAUCUCGCUUAUCUUUCUUUGGAUAUUUUUUCAAGUCAACCCUGAGAAAACUGCGUACCAUUUUGGUCAACUCUAUUGAAAUUAUCCUUUUCAGGUGACCAAAUCGGCAUCGGCCCAAGUAAAGAUCUACGGAAUGAAUGAACGAAUCGGCCCCCUAUCUUUCCCAAACACUGACGGAUUUGAUAUCAAACCCUACAGCAAGCACUUCGGCGCCAUGUUUGAUCAGGUUUGAAGUGUAGAAAAAAUUUGCCGCGGAUAGGUUUGAAUGUUUCUUCGAAGUUCCGUUUCUUAAAACUCCCAAAAAAUGAGCUUUUCCACCCAUUUCGAUAAAAAAACUUUAAGCUUGCAUAUUUUUUUUUAAUAGGAAAAUUUUUGGCGCCAAUACCGAGUUCAAAUUCUCAAUUUUUUCGCGCGGUUCUAGAUUUUUUUUAAAACUAAUUUGCUGUAGCCAAUUCACGCGAACCAUCGAAAAAGGGUCCUGACACGAAGAAAAAAUAAAUAGUGUUAGGUUGGUGGAGAGCGCAGACCAGGCCACGCCCCCUAGCAUCUUAAACUAGCCGUAUAAGGUCAAUAAGGAAAUCACAUUAAGCGAUAGCCCUUUUUCGAGCUAUUCUAUCCGCGGCUCAAUUUUUCAGAGCUCCUUUUAUCGAAACUCACUUCAAAGUUUCCAGGAAGCGAACUUGAUAGUAAGACAGGCCUAUGAAGCGACGACACAGGUGCUCAAAGACAAUGUCGACAAGCUUGAAACGGUAAAAUAGUAUAUCAUCAAAAAUCAAGGUUUUAUAUUAAAGAUAGCCCAAGCACUGUUGAAACGAGAAGUUUUGAAUUAUGAAGACGUCAAACAGCUUAUCGGACCUCCCAAAUUUGGCGACAAACACGUCGUCGAUUUCGUCGAGUCGGUCCUUCCCAAAGAAGACAAGCUUUAA